AUCCCGUUGGAUGAAGUCGAAAAGACGCACGCCGUGGCCCCGCCCCCUAUCACGCGCGCCCCUCACCCCUUCGAGUCACUUCCUGUAUCCUUCUUUGCUCGGGCGCCAUUUUGUCAUUGCAUCUAAGACCAGCGAGAUCUAUUACACAUUAUCACCAUGAGUGGAUGUCGUGUGUUUAUUGGCCGUCUGAGCCCCCACGCCCGGGAGAGAGACGUGGAGAAGUUCUUCAAGGGUUAUGGACGUAUCCGGGAGAUCAAUCUGAAGAAUGGGUUUGGCUUUGUGGAGUUUGAUGACCACAGAGAUGCGGACGACGCUGUGUACGAGUUAAACGGGAAGGAGCUUUGCAGCGAGAGGGUGACCAUCGAGCAUGCCCGCUCUCGCCGUGGUCGAGGAGGUGGUGGAGGAGGAGGAGCUGGCAGCCGUUUCUCUCCACGUUUCGGAGGCUACCGUCAAUCACGUAGUGCAGGAUCCAGUCUUUCUCUCUCUCCGUCUCUCAGGUAUGGGCCUCCCGUGCGUACAGAGCACAGGAUUGUCGUGGAGAAUCUGUCCUCACGUAUCAGCUGGCAGGACCUGAAAGACCUGAUGAGAAAGGUUGGAGAUGUGACGUUUGUGGAUGCUCACAGAGCCAACAAAAACGAGGGAGUGGUGGAGUUUGCCACACACAGCGAUAUGAAGAACGCCAUUGAAAAGCUGAAUGGAACGGAACUGAACGGCCGCAAACUCAAACUGUUUGAGGACCGAAAGAGGAGUCGUAGCAGGAGUCGCUCUCGCAGCUCUUCCCGUUCCCGCUCUCGCUCGCGAUCCAAAUCUGCAAGUCGGAGUCGCAGCCGCGAGGACAAGCGUGAGAGCAAGCGUGAGAAACGCUCUCGCAGCCGCUCUCGCUCUGCCAGUCGCACGCCCGAGAAGAAAACCUCAGCCAAAACUAAGUCAGAGUCCCGCUCUCGUUCCCGUUCUCCAUCUCCUAGGAAACAGUCUCGCUCUCGCUCAGCAUCCACUGAGAGCCAGCACUGAGAGAAAAGGAGCGUGUGUUUGAGAGAAUGUGUGAAUGAGGUUUGUACAUGACUUACCCAAUCUGUGUGUUACUUGCAGCCCAAGUUUGUGUAUCUUUAUGGAGUGAACUUUAUUAAACUUUUGAUUUUUAUUUUGUUUUGUUUUUUUUUUAAUUGACCUUCAUAAAACAAUCUGUACGUGAGGUACAGACGCAGCAGAUCAGCCAACACGCUCAGGGUCUGAGGCUUACAUGAUUCCACUCUAUGUAGUGUGGUGAUGUGCACACACUCGUGUGUUUAGCUCAAGUUAAGCUGGUGGGAAGAAACUCACUGUGCUGUAGCUAAAAUCGAGCCUUGGUUACUGAGCAUGUCUCGGCUGAUCUACUGCACCUGCUGUGCUUUUGUUUUUGCAGCAUAGAAAUUCAUUAAAAACAGGACCAGAUGUGUUUGUAUGAGAGAUGGUGUGAGAGAAAGUGGUUUCCCCUGUUCUGUAUGUGUUUAUUUCCAUACUGUUGUCUUUGUGCUGUGUGUUUCUGGUUCUGUAAUUACAAAUGAGGAUUUAUUAAUGAAAUAAACUGUGAAUCAGUUAGA